GCAGCAGUAGCAGCGGCGGCGGCUAGAGACACGGCGGUGGUGGCGGGAGCCCAGCUUUAACUGUGGCCGCGCUCACUCCAGCGCCCGCUGCCUGAGCCCGCCCGCGACGUGCACACAGGAGUCGGCCUGCGAGUGCAUGGCUGGAUGCUUUCUGGACAGGCUGUAUAUACAGAGUCUGGCUGAAGUAACGCCUGCAUGAGUGUGAUUGUUGCCUGGUAGUCAAGAAGACCACUAAAUCAGAAGCAAUCAUAACACAUUCUCUCUGUUGGACAACAUUUGGACUUGGAAUGAAACAAUAAGAGGUUACAUUCAUGGAUAACCAACAAGAUAAGGCUGUUGUUGCCUCAGCCAAUGGAGAAAACACUCUGAUUAAUGGGGUCAAAGAAAAUGAUUCAGACAACCAGGACAUGGCAAUGAAGUCAUUUGCAGCUCUAGAGGCUGCUGCACCUGUCCAGCCUAUACCAGUGGUUCAAAAAGAGACCCUGAUGUAUCCCAGGGGUCUCUUGCCCCUGCCCUCCAAGAAGCCCUGUAUGCAGAGCCCUCCCUCUCCUCUGGGCCUGAUUGAAGCACCUGAGCAUGCUGCUAAUAGUGCUUCUGUGAAUGCCAUCUCCCUUACAUCUGGUGUUGGAAAAGGCCUGAACACAUGGUCACUGCCGAAUGAGUGUGAGAAAGCUUCAUUUGCCAUAAUGGAGCCUGCAGGCAUGUCAGCUCUGAAUGGGGACUGCCUCAUGCAGCCAAGUCGGACUUGCUUGGGCUGCUUCAUGGAAUCCAAGGAUGCAGUAGAUCCUGAGCCAGGGAUCAGUUUAAAAGUUGGUGAUCUAAAUAGGGAUUACGAAACCUGUGCAGUCUCUGAUAUAGGGAUUCAGUGUAUUAAUGCUGGAGAAAACAUGAAAUAUGGAGAGCAGCUGCUCUCAGACCAGCUCCUGGGCUUCCCCCUACACAAAUCAAGGGUGGGAGAUAGACGAGAAGCUGAGAAACCUGACAUUGACUUGGAGGAUCCAGCUCAGAAAAGUUAUUAUGAGGCAUUACUGUUAGAUAAGUGCAACACGGAAGAGGCUUUACUGGCAAAUUCCAAUCAGGAUUGGGGUUACUUUGAGACUUUCAUUAGUGAGAGUAAAAUUGAACUACUUGACCUUUGUUCCAAGAAUGAGCUGUCUGUCAACCUAUUUUCUGAAGAAGAUGUGGAUAACUACAUGUUUGAUGAUGAUGAGUCAACACUAGGCAGUGAUGUCUGCUCCCUGAAAAUUCGAUAUGAGUCCUUUCAGGACAAUGUUCGAGACAAGACCACCCUUCUGAUGCAGGAGGAUGCCCAAUUCAACUUUUUUCCCAGUGUCUUUACUACCUGCCCCAAGCGGGAGUCUAAGAGUGGGACCCUGAAGCAGAGCAGCGAUCUUUCCCAAUUCAAGGUCCCUGAUAUGAGCAUCAUCUGGGGGGAAGAAGAUAAAAAUCUGGACAAGAAGAAGGGCAAAGAAGAAGGACAGGAAGACAAAGGUGUGGAGAAAAAAGAUGGAAAGGAUAAUGGAGAAAAAUCUGCCUUAAGUAAAUCAUGCAGUGGGACUGAGGGAGGGCAACUUAAGAAUCCAAAGCAGGGCCAUCUUGCCAAUUCCUUGGAGGCAUCAGGGAAUUUCAGUGAUGACAGUUCCUUCAUUGAGGUCUCUUAUGAUGCCAUGGGAGAGAUCAAAGACUGUACCCGCUAUAUGGCUCGGGACAAUAAUUCUGGCAGCUCCUCCUCCCAGCAGAACUAUGGGCUGCGAGCAAAGAGAAAAGUCAGGUACAGUGAAGAUUAUCUAUAUGAUGUUGACUCACUAGAGGGUGAAAAAGUAAAUGAGAGGAAGGAAUGGCUGCCAGGUGGUUCCAAAGAGGAAGAUGAUGAUGAAUGGUGUCCCAAAAAAAGAAGAAAAGUAACCCGUAAAGAGCCCCCUGUUAUUAUCAAAUACAUUAUCAUCAAUCGCUUUAAAGGUGAGAAGAACAUGCUGGUGAAGUUGGGUAGGGUGGAUGCUAGUGAGACAACAGUGAAUUUGAGUGAGCAUCAGCUAAACAAGUAUGCCAAGCUGGCACCCUUAAAGGGCUUCUGGCAGAAGAAGAAGAAGCAGAGAAACAGCAGCACAGAAUCCAACAAGACACACUUAUGCCCAAAGCAAAACUUUGAAUCAGGUAGCUUUGAGGUGUCAUUCCUGCCACCUACUCGCAAACGAAAAUCUAAACUUGGCAGCAGGCACAGAAUUCAAAGAAUCCCAUCCGUGGAAACUUCAGCAAGUGGUAAGCAAGUUUCAUUCUGCAAUGAUCAGAGGCAAGCUAGUAGUCAUAAGGAAGAUGGAAGCCUGAAAGGUACACUGAAAUCUCCUAACUGUGCAAAUGGAUCACAUUUAAAUGACAUCACAGGCCCAGACUCAGUGAAAUUCAAAUCUCAAGAUACAGAAUUUAAGGGGCCAGAGAGAAGAGUGCUCAACAAAAUCAAAUUUAAAAGUGAAGCCAGAUUAAAAUCUAAGAAACUCAAAGCUGGGCAAGAAAGCAAGCCAGUUGUUCAGAUGAGCCCUCUUUUGGAAGACCGAUCCUCCAAGGAUAAUUUAAACAAUGAAGCUGUUCCUGGGACCUCAAACAGUUCCCAUUUAUCUGAAUUUCAUGAAGCAAAGAUUGCUAAGAAUUCUACUUUCCUACCAACAACCUGCUCUUCUGAAAUGCCUCUAUCAUCUGCUAAUGUUGCCACCAAUAUACCUGUUAUACCUGGAGGGUACCUGCAGACAUUGUUAGAUGCUUCUGACUUGUCAAAUAAUACUGGUAUCUCAUACUUCGCUCAACAUUCUCCAGAACAAAAUGAAGGCAGCCUCACUCAAACAGAAAAAUCAUUUGCACCUCUCCAGCCUUCCCAGGACUGCGUGCUUUCCUCACCUUCUGAGUCUGAGCUACAGCAGUCAUCCCAAGAUUUCAAAAUGGAAUCAAGCGACUAUGAAAAUGUGUGGCCCAACAAGCCUGCUUCUAGUCCCCAGAAAUUCAUAGCUGAAGUCUCAAGUGAGACAGCUCCAAACCAAUCCAGUGAAUUUGGAGUCUCCCAGGUAGUGUCCAUGGAAAAUAAUCUCACAGCUACAACAUACAAUCCAAUCUGUCUCAAUAACAGUGGCAGUAGUUGCAGCAAGGUCCUGUAUGCCUCUGUGCAAGACACCCAUCUUGCAUCUGAUGACUCGUAUCAAUUGUGUCACUUUAAUAACGCAGAGAUCUGCUUUCCUUUCCAACAAGGCCCAGUCAAUAUAGAUGAUGGUCAACUCUUUAGCUUUGAUUCCAUGGCCCCACUCUCUGUCAAUUCAGGCAAUUAUUGCUCUUUAAGCUUGAAAUCCUGUGAAAAGGAUGGUGAUGAUGAUAUCACAGAUGACUUCCUGGCCCAUUGCAGCCCUAAGCUGGUGAUCCAGCAGAACACUGAUGAAAUAGCACCACUAAAGGAGUCCACUGACCUCCUGGAUAUCUCCAACUUCACUCCUGACAAAUUUCGCCACUCUUCUCUCUCAGAGCUGUCCCCACCUGACACCCCCAGUAUUUCCCCUCAAAUUACCAGAUGUGAGAGUACAAAGACAUUAGGAACACUGAAAGGGUUCCAAGAGGGUGUUCCAGGACCACUGGGCAAUAUGGAGAAGAUCAAGUGGGACUGCAGUACACUUUCACAGCAAGUCCAAGUGGAGGAAGGAUUUUCUUUAAAUGACCAUCAGUUUCAGUUCCAUAUGUUCAACGAUGAGGAUUCUGUCAGCCUGCUCCAAAAAACCCCUUGCUUAUCAACGUUUAAUGAUCCAUCUAGUCAAAUGAAUACAAACAACAAAGUUUCAAAAUCAAGAAAGAAAAGUUCACCCAACAAGAGUGGGGCUAUGAACCAAAGCUCUUCUCAGAAAAACACCAGGAAAAAAUCCCCCAAAGUCACCAACAAAGGGAUUGAAAAGCCAUCUGGUAAAACCUUCCGCCAGGUCCCUAAGUCAACAAAGAAAGGGAAAUACAUGGCUGCAAUCAAUGGAGAGAAAAUACAAACUGACAUUGGCCACGGGGGAGGUCAAAUCAACAACAUAUCCUCCACAGGGAAGACACUGACUGAAUGUAUCCAACAUGGUGAUCCUGGGGCCUCUAUGAAGAUGACAAGUCAGAAGGGACUUUCUGGAGAUUGGGCUUUGGGGAAAGACAGCAGCCCAGGCUGGAGCGACAUGAGCAUGGGCACCAACACCAACAACCUGCUAGAUGAUGACCAGCGGGAAUUUCAGGAGCCUUCCUAUAUCUUGUCCAACAUUGCCUCUGGUAUGGCAGAUGUGCAGAGAUUCAUGAUGGCCUCCAUAGAGCCCCUUUGGGAACCAAUGCAGCACCAUGGGGACCCCAACAUAUUAUAUUCCCCUGAGUCCAAUAGUCUAAAAUUAAAAACACUCAAAAUAUUGGCUGGGACACCACAGGAAUCUAAGAAAAAAGUCAACAAUGGGUCACCAGGAGUCACUAAGAAUCACAGGUCCGUCAAGGGUGUGAGUAAAAGCAAUGGGAAAGCAGCAAUAGGUGAUCCUGGUCGUGCAAACAUGCCUGGUUAUAACGAGGACUCUCGCUCUGCCUUCUUUGAUAAAAAGUAUAAUAACCUGAGCACUUUAGGCAAUAAUGGACCUACACACAAAAAGUUAUAUCGUCACAAAUCCAGCUCCAAGGCCUUGAGAGAUGAGAAGUGUAAGGGAAAGCGCAUGGAGCGAGAACAGGUCCACAAGGAUGAGGCUGGGACAGCUUCUUUUGAAAAACUGAGGGAUUCCGACUACAAUCUCCUAAAAGCAGAAACAGCAUUUUGGGUUUUACCUGUAUUUGAAGAAGAGGCUCGCAUUUUCCAGAAAGACAUUUGAUGUUUGUAUUUUAUUUCUUUCAAAAUAUGCCUUGUGGUAUGUAUGUUGACAUGUAAGUGCUUAAAGAAAAGAGUUUUUAAGUGUGGGAAUAAGUCUUUGGAAACAAACUUUAAUCUGAUAUUCUAUGUAAAAGACUUUAAAAGUCACACAGUUGCACAAGUAGUUUAUGCACUAUUUACCCAAGGGGAAAAAAAGGAAAACAUUGUGCCAAACUACAAACAAGUGACUCUAUUGUAUAUAUUUUUACUUCUAUAUCAACAUUUGGUUGUGAGUAUUUGGGGAGCUUGUCCCUGUCGAUUUACUAGAAACAUUCCAGUGACUCUUGCUAUUAACCACCCCCACCUUAUGUGGAUAGCACCUAUAGAUCACAGUGAAAAAUAUGUUGUGCUACAUAAUUUACCAAAACUUAAAGGAUACUGUUUGAAAUGUGCCAAAUUUCUUUACCUCAUCUCACAGAUUCACCCCACAGUUUAAAGAUCAUUAAUAAAUUUUAAAAUAUAUAUAUAUAUA